CUUCAGCUCCGCCUCCUCCAAGAGUUACCAGAAGCAACAGGAAGCGACCACCCCCUGAAAAAAAGUGCAGACUGGAGAAAAAAAACAAAACAGGCCAAAAACCUAAUCUAUUUAUCGAUUAGUGCACAUCGGAUCCAUCUGCCGGAGGCGUGAACCCGCGCCGGGUCCGACCCGCGUGCUCGGGACCCGCUUCUGGAGGAGUUCUACGUGGCAGAGAGGCGCGAGCAUGUCCUCCUCGCAGAGCGAAAGUUAAGCUCACCUGCUGCACGAGAGACGACCGCGAGUCCGUUUGAUCCUGGCCAUGGCCCACGGCGCCAGCAUCCAGUACGAGCCAGUGGCAGAGAUCGGGGGAGGCGCUUACGGGACAGUUUACAAGGCCCGAGAUACAGAGAGCGGGAAGUUUGUGGCUCUGAAGAGUGUGCGUGUGCAGGCGGACCAAAAUGGCCUCCCAGUCUCCACUGUCAGAGAGGUGGCUCUGUUGAAACGGCUGGAGCAGUUCGACCACCCAAAUGUUGUCCGGCUAAUGGAUGUAUGUGCCACUCAGAGGUCGGACCAGGAGACUAAAGUCACUCUGGUGUUUGAACACGUGGACCAAGACCUGAAGACGUAUCUAGAGAGAGCCCCUGCUCCCGGGUUAUCCCCCGGCUGCAUUAAAGACCUCAUGAGGCAGUUGCUGUGCGGCCUUGCAUUCCUGCACUCUAACCGUGUGUUGCACCGAGACCUGAAACCAGAGAAUAUUCUGGUAACCAGCCAGGGCCAGGUGAAGCUGGCUGACUUUGGACUGGCCAGGAUCUACAGCUGCCACAUGGCUCUCACCCCCGUGGUGGUGACACUGUGGUACCGUCCCCCCGAGGUUCUGCUGCAGUCCACUUACGCCACACCUGUGGACAUCUGGAGCACCGGCUGCAUCUUCGCAGAGAUGUUCCGACGCAAACCUUUGUUCUGCGGAGAAUCAGAAGUGGACCAACUUGGGAAACUUUUUGAAGUUCUAGGCUUGCCACCAGAGGAUGAGUGGCCGUCUGAUGUUACGCUCUCAAGAAAACACUUCCCCACUUUCCUACCCCGCCCCAUCACAGACUUCGUUCCGGAGAUAAAUGAGGCGGGGGCGCAAUUAUUGCUGAAAAUGCUGACCUUUGACCCCUUGAAACGAAUAUCUGCCCUGAAGGCGCUUGAACAUCCAUAUUUCCAGGACGAGGAGACAUUGACUUGAAAUGAUGCAGUGAAACGUGCAGCGAGAGGUAACCGUGUGUAAGCGUAGACCUGGCCUAACCAGAAAGGUUCUCAGUUUCAUUCAGUGCUUUGCAUUUCAACACGUCUGGUAUUUCUUUUUCUUGCUCCUACAUCAAAAAAGGAUUAAAGCCUGAGAAAUUGAAUUUAAAAAAGAAGAGGCGUGAACUUUAGGGUCACUGGAAUGCUUUCCAGCGUUAAAAUUAAGGAUGUUACCAUGUUGUGUCUUCAAGGACAGUACCAGUGUUUUUGAUGUUUUGAUUUGUGAAUCGGUCUCAUCCGCAGGGACUGAUGCACGGAAACGUAUGUCAUCUCCUCUGAAAUGUUGCUCUAGUUUCUUUUUAUACUGUGUUUCGACAGAAAGAGGGAAACAUGUUGUUCACAGGCUGUGCAAAGCCUGACAGAAGUGACAUGUCAGGGUCAACCAGCCGUUAGUGAUCUUAUCAUAUUCCUGUUUAUAUUUAUUAUACUAAUGGAACAAUAAGUGCCUUAGUUUUUAUUUGGAAAUCAUGAGGAAAGGAAGGAAAAACACUUGGGACAGACAUACUGGACGAAGACACUGGUAUUGCCCUUAAAUACUGCCAUGUUUCUGUCAUCAAAGGACUAUGUUUUAACCGCUUACUGAAACCAUCUGGAAUCAACCAGCACUGCAACUACAAAUGAAUGGAAAAACUGUUUUAACCACAUUCAACCUGUUAUGUGUAUUGUUAACAUUGUUAUUAUCAAUGUUGUUAUUAUUUUACAGAUGGCAAUCAAUACAAAAUGAAUACAUGUUGUUCUAUGAAAAGUGAAAUAUUCAAUAAACUAUGACAUACUAACAAAAAGA